AAAUUUCGUACUAUUGAUUAAACUUGGCAAAGUUUGGGGACGGGGUGGAAGUUGAUACGAAAGGUAUGAAAAGCUUCGUAGUUUGAAAAAGGUGCCAAUAAUAGCAAAAUAUAGGAUAGAGCACUCCUCCAGAGAAGUGUCACCCACGCAGUGAAGGAAUGUUACAGGGAAGGAUAUGGAUGCUUUUGGACCUCUGACAUUUUCUCAUUCUUCAAAAAAUGCGUUUCAUCGUAUCUUCAAAGAUGAGAAAAUAGCAAGUUGCCUAUUCUGCACAAAAACAUUUGUACUACCACAGGAUAAAACAUUGUUUUCAACUCAUUUGUUCAGAUGUCAUCAGUUUAAGAUAGCAGACACAGAAAAGAUAGCCAGUGUGAGCAUGUACUGUGAGUAUUGGAGAUCACGAUUCCAGACAGAGCCACCUGAAAAAAUAUGUUCAAGGAUGAUAAGUGAUACCAGAGAUGAUGGAUCAAGGGUGAGCUUUCUUCUUCUGGGAGACUUUGUACCUGAAGAUAAGAAGCUGAGAGAAGAUCUCCAAAAUAAACAAUUGAGAUGGGCAUUAAGACAACAGACCAUAGAGAGAGAGGACAAAAGUUUUUCACGUGGAUGUCUGAUGUGUCGGCUUCAGUUCAUUGGCUGUCGUGCGGACUAUCUGUGCCAUCUGUCCCUUUUGCACAAUCUGCAGCUUGGACGACCAGAAAAUCUCGUGUUUGUCGAUGAGCUACUGGAUUUAAUAGAACUGAAAAUUCGAAGCUUGCAGUGCCUGUUUUGUUCCAAGAUCUUCAAGAACCAGAUUGUUCUGAAGGAACACAUGAGAAAGAAGCAACACAAGAAAAUUAACCCUAAAGAUACUGAAUUUGACAAAUUUUAUAUGAUAAAUUACCUUGAGGUGGGGAAGGAUUGGCGUCAGAUUCAGAAUGAACCAGAUGAUGAGCUGUCCAAUGUGGAAAACUCUGACGGUUAUGUCAGCGAUGGGGACUGGUCCGACUGGCAGGAAGAUGAGGAUCCGGUAGUUUGCCUGUUCUGUGAUAUAUCAUCUACUUUUGACAACAUAUUAAGUCAUAUGAAUGAUGCACAUGGUUUUGACUUCACAAGAAUCUGUGUUGAGACUGUUAUGGAUUUCUACCAGCAGGUGAAGGUAGUGAAUUAUGUGAGAAGACAGGUCUAUACAGGCCACUGUCCAUGUUGCAAUGAGACACUUCCCAAUAGGGAAAAGUUACUGGAACACAUGAAUGUGAAAAAUCAUUUUGUUAUGCCACAGAAGCAGCUAUGGGACCAUCCAGAGUAUUUCUUUCCUACUUAUGAGAAUGACAGUUUUCUCUGUCACUUGAACGACUGCCACGAUGAUAUAGCUGAACUGCAUCUCACCCAGCAAAUGAAAGAGAAAUGCCAAGUUGGAAGUUGCUGAAGGAAGGAGAUAAAGAAGAAUUUAAAUAAUUUUUGCUCAGUGUCUGAAGUCAUAGUACAACAACAGUUCAGUUCACCAUAAAAUAAUUUUUAAUGGAGAACUUGUAGGAAUAUAAAUGCUGAGAUAAUGACCUAAACAAACAAACAUCAUAAUUAUAUUACCAAAAUCUUGUGUUCACAUAUUUUGUAUAUUUUUCAGUAACUACUUGCCUGCCACAUCACCAGCUGAGCU